AUGCUCCGCGGACUGGCCCGGGCCGCUGCCAGGCGACCCGGGGCCCUCUGGACGCGGGGGUCUGGGAGCGGGACGGGGGUCCCAGCGCACGUGGUGGACCUGCGCAGCGACACGGUGACCAGACCCGGGCCGGCCAUGAGGCGCGCCAUGGCCGAGGCGGUCGUGGGGGACGACGACUACGGCGAGGACCCCACCGUCCGCGAGCUGCAGGAAAAGGUUGCCAAGCUGCUGGGGGUGGACCAGACCUUGUUUGUGCCCACUAACACCAUGGCCAACCUCAUCUCUGUGAUGUGUCACUGCCAGCGCAGGGGUUCCCAGCUCCUCCUCGGGCAGGAGUGCCACCUCCACGUCUUCGAGCAGGGCGGGGUGGCUCAGAUCGCGGGGGUGCACUCCCACCCCCUCCCAGACCUGCCCCGCGGCACCCUGGACCCGGCUGAGCUGGAGAGGAUGGUCACAAGGGGCCUGGGGAGCCCCUACCACCCGGUCUGUGAGCUCAUUUGCCUGGAGAACACCCACAGCAGCUCCGGGGGCCGUGUCCUCCCCAUUGACUACUUGCGCCAGGUGCAGCUCCUGGCCCGGAGCCACGGGGUCCGCAUCCACAUGGAUGGGGCCCGGCUGAUGAACGCCGCGGUGGCUCUGCACGUGCCCCCCGCCCACAUCGUGGAGCACUGUGACUCCGUGUCUCUCUGUUUCUCCAAGGGCCUCGGUGCACCGGCCGGGGCCUUGGUUGGGGGGCCCAAGCACUUCAUUGAAGAAGCCUGGCGCCUCCGGAAAGCUCUGGGCGGGGGCAUGCGCCAGGCCGGGGUGCUGGCUGCUGCCGCCCUAGUGGGACUGGCGGACUUCGAGGAGGUGCUGCAGAGGGACCACCAGAACGCCCAGAGAUUCGCCAAAGAACGUGUAGGGCAGCCACUGAGCCAUGAGGCGUGGGCCCAGGACAGUAGGAUGCUUUACCAGACCCCGGUGGAGGGUCUGGACCAAGCAGCACUCAACGGAGAUGAGGAUACUGAGGCCCAGAGGUUAACUGAUUUGCCCCAGGUCACACAGCUGGAAAGUAGUAGAGCCAAGUCUGUGUGGCUCCAAGGGUCCCUCUUUUCCCUGCGGCGGCUGGGCUGCCCUCUGCCCUUGCUGGGAUGA